CACCGAUCGACUUCUGACAGAUGUUCAAAGUUUGUGUGGGAGCUGGAAGCUGUGGAAACGUUGGUUACCAUUUUUGUCAAGCGUGACAUGUAGGAAAUGAAAUCUGGUUGUUCAAAAUGUCAAACACAAAUACAAACUACGUCUCAUGCAUUCGAGUGGAAGGGAAACCUAUUCUUCCACCUCUUAUGAAUGAUGAUAAACGACGAGCAAUGCGGAAAAUUAGAGAUGAAGCUGUUGCAAUUGAGUCCCGAUUGAAAGAAAAACGACGGGCCCAACUUUUGGAGCAAGUCCAAAUAAUUCUUGAUAAAUGUGUGACACUUGAUGAGCUGAAUGUUUCAAAAGUGACACCCUCAAAGUAUCGUCUCAUCAGUGAACCUUUAUUGCAAACACCAGUGAAGAUCAACAGUUCUCUUUCUCAGCCAACAAUUAAACCGCUGCCAGUAACAUCAUAUUCAUUACCAUCCACUCCACUACUUGAUGACGUUUCAAUUGAGAAUCUCCACAAGAAGUUUUUGUCCAUGAAACAAGACUGCAAAGAUGUUAGCAUUUCAGAGUCAUCAGCUGUAAGCACUGAUCUAGGACCUUACAUGCAAAACUCAGAUUCAGAUUCUAGCUCAACAGAAUCUGGAACUUCAACACCACGGGCAUUGACCAUCUCCGAUACUGAUAUUUCUACGAGCUUAGACUGUUCAACCCCUAUUAAAUCUCAAAGAAUGCGGCGCUUAUCUUACACACUGGAAGCGCCUAGCCCUGUACUUUUAAAAAUGAUGCAGAACAAAGCGGCUGAAGAAGAGAAACUUGCCGUUUUGAAUGUGCCUAAACUGAACCUUUCUGAUUCUGACGAAUUGCAGGGAAAUGAUUCCAACAAUGUUGAAGCCAUGAAACAAAACAAGAAUGUAAUCCAUGUUCCAUCAAUGAAAUAUUCUGCAACCAUUUCGGAUAAAAGUUCAAAUAUCAGCGAGGAAAAUUCAACCCACAAUUUAGUGAACUUGAAUUUGCGUCCUAGAGAUACUGAGGAUGUCGUUAACGGAAACUCUAAUGAAAAACAAAUGAUCAACACUUCUGAAAAGCCAAACAAAUCUAAAGUUGAGCACAUGUCUGUAACUUGCGAUAACAACGGAAAUUCACCCAGAACCCAAGAUGUGCACAAAAAUGGAAAUUUCCUCGAAGACUUUAUAAUGCAACAGCAGAAACUCAUGAACGAAUUACUUGAGAAACAGGCCAAAGAACAAGAGAGACUGGUGCAGCUAUUUAGAGAACAAGAAGAGCAAUUAGUGAUGCAGAUGCAAGCACAAACAGUACAGCAACCAGCAGCCCCCAAAAGCAAGAGUCCAGUCUGCCGUAGUUUGAAACGAAGUUUCGAUCGUUCCGCCCAAGCUAGAAGUCUUUUUGAAUCUGGACGCCUCUCUGCCCUAGUCCGUGGCUAUUUAACUCGCCGCCUCAUGACCACAGAUCGGGUGCAAUCCAUCAUCCAAACCAUCAGCGAUACAACAACAUGUCUCAAGGAGUUAAACCAGGGUAGCAUGACGAUCUUGCCAAGCGACGUCGAAUUGCAUAGGCGACUACUUCAGCAGCUAAAUGGAGCAAUCCACGCUUUGCACGACAUGUUUUUCGAAUGGGAUGUGAACGAAAGGAUGCUGGUAAUAGCCCGUGAUCGUGAGAAAAAAGCUGGGCAAAUGAUCGUUGCUGGAAUGCCGAUCCGAAUGAGACCGAGAAGUCGCUCUCUCUCUUCAGCCACAGUCAAAAGUCUUGAGCGCAAGUUGACCCGACAAGAAAGCCAAAACAGCAGCCGGCCAAGCUCAGCCUCCACAGCACUUCCGCGCACCUCUCCGUCCAGUAUGGCUUCUUCUACAGCGGAUCGCAAACGCAGUCCUUCAUCCAGCGGUUCUUUUUCCUCUUUCAGCGCUGCUCCAUCAAAUGGAUCAUUACACGGGAAGAACAAACAUAAGCCCUCGACCCGAAAACCUUGGCGUUGUUGAUCUACUGAUCUACUACUACUACUUAUCGGUAAAUUUAGUCCAUGUCCAUCUUGGUUAACGAAAGUCGCCUAGCUCUUUUUGUGGUGUGGGUUUGGUCAUUAACACACGCACAACUGUACUUUACAUUCCCUCUGUAUGAAAUGUUUUUGGAAAGUCAAACUUUUAUGAUCUCCUAUAUUUCCCUUAAUAUUUGUCCGGAAGUUCUACCUGUGUGCUCUCCCUUAAACCCGUUAAAUAAAAUGAAAGAAAAGAGCAA